GGGUAAGAGGACGCCGGGCUUCUCACCUCCAGUCAGCCAUGAAGCUUCAGCAUGCAGCACUGGGCACCGUGUUCCUGCUCACUCUGCUCUCAUCUGAGUGCUGGGGCAGGAACGAGGAGGAGCGUCUGAUCAACUACCUGAUAAAAGAGCAAGGUUACAACAAAGAGCUUCGUCCCGUUAAAAGGCAGCAGGACGCCGUCGACGUUUAUCUUGCACUCACACUCUCCAACCUCAUCUCUCUGAAAGAAGUAGAUGAGACACUGCUGACGAAUGUUUGGAUAGAUCACACGUGGACCGAUUACCGGCUGUCGUGGAAUACGACAGAGUUUGAUGGCAUCGAGAUGCUUCGUCUGCCCACCAGCAUGGUGUGGCUGCCGGAGAUCGUGCUGGAAAACAAUAAUGACGCCCAGUUCCAGGUGGCCUACUACAGUAACGUACUGGUGGAUUAUACUGGUCUCUGCUACUGGUUACCUCCCGCCAUCUUCCGCUCCUCCUGCUCCAUCAACGUCAACUACUUCCCCUUCGACUGGCAGAACUGCACACUCAAAUUCACCUCUCUGACCUACAAUGCCAAAGAGAUCAGGAUGCUGCUGAAGGAAGAGGCAGACGAAACCAGCAAAUGGACGGUGGAGUGGAUCAUCAUUGACCCUGCUAGCUUUACGGAGAACGGCGAGUGGGAGAUCAUCCACCGGCCGGCCAAGAGAAACACCUACAAGCACAUUCCCAUGGAGAGCAACAAGCACCAGGACAUCACCUUCUACCUGACCAUCAAACGCAAACCUCUCUUCUACAUCGUCAACAUCAUCAUCCCCUGUGUGCUCAUCUCCUUCCUGGCCUCGCUCGUCUACUACCUGCCCGCUGACAGUGGUGAGAAGAUGACCUUGUCCAUCUCUGUGCUGCUGGCUCAGUCUGUCUUCCUGCUGCUGAUCUCUCAAAGGCUGCCGGAGACGUCCAUGUCUGUUCCACUUAUUGUCAAAUAUUUGAUGUUCAUCAUGGUGUUGGUGACGGUGGUGGUGUUGAACUGUGUGGUUGUCCUCAACCUGCACUUCAGGACACCGAGCACACACGUCAUGUCUGAGUGGACCAAGAAGUUCUUCCUUGAGCGGUUGCCCCGCAUCCUGCGUAUGUCCCGCCCCGCAGAGGCGGAGCCAAACUGGGAUGGAGCGUUGCCACGGCGAUCCAGCUCGGUGGGCUACAUCGCCUCGGCAGAGGAGUACUACAGCAUCAAGUCCCGCAGCGAGCUGAUGUUCGAGAAACAGUCGGAGAGACACGGACUGAUGACACGAACCACACACGCAUCAGUUAUGAAGCCACAGGAAGAUGGAGGUGUGACAGACCAGCUGUAUGCAGAGAUCAAGCCGGCUGUGGACGGAGCAAACUACAUCAUCAAACACAUGCACAACAAGAACGAGUACAACGAGGAGAAAGAUAACUGGAGUGGUAUCGCUCGUACGGUGGACCGUCUCUGUCUCUUCCUGGUUACCCCGGUGAUGACCAUCGGCACCAUCAUCAUCUUCCUGAUGGGAAUCUGUAACCACCCUCCACAUCUGCCCUUCAAAGGAGACCCACACGACUACAGAGAGGAAAACCCACGCCUGCUGUGACACACACACAGUCACGUUACUCUGUAGUGUUAAAUCCAGAGACCGAGCACGAUUUGCCUUUGAAGUCUGGCUGCCCUGUGUCCUCUCUCUCCCCGCCGUUCUCUGAUGAAGGGGAAAAACCUGGCUGUGACUAUGGAGCAGGACGAGGGUGAAGAGCAGCAAGGUUUUUAUUGCUGUCAAACGCCGUGCAUUUGAUGGGGAUUUUAGUAGAAGCACAGCAGUGAAAGCAUAUUUUGUUCUCUUUUAAGAAUUUCUUUCUGUCAUCAAAGCUCAUUUUCCUGACCCUCUGCAUUUCUUCAGUGUGUAGGGUUUGUUAUGCAUGGGGCACAGUCUGUCAGGAUUUUUUGUUUUGUUUGUCUUUUCUGUUUUGGACACUGAAUCUGAUGAUGGUAUGCUUGUUUUAUGUACAGAGACAGCUUUCAUUUGACCUAACUUUUCUUUCUUGUAAGAGCUUGUUGAGAGAGUGAGAAGGUUAAAGCUGGGUUCAUUUCUUUCUUCAGCUUCCCUGCAGAUGAACUCUUUAAAGAAGCAGAAAGGAGGAAAUGCAACACCAUGUUCUCUCUUGUAUUUGCACCCUUGAGACAACCACUUGUCUUGGAGGUAUAAGGGCAGCUUCUCGACAAUGGGCUGCACUUCCCUUGCUGUGUCAAGGUAAGCUAGCCCUGGCAUGUACCAAUCUUUCUUGGUAACAUCCAGUUCUAUCAGUAGGUCUGCCAGCUCUUGGAGUUUUUGACUGUCUCUGUUAUGGAUCUUUGGGAAGUUCUCUGUUUUACUAAACAGAGCUCUCUCUAUUGCUUCUGGAGAUCCAUAUGUUUUGUUCAAUCUCUCCCAAAUUGUUUCAAAGACCAAGGGUUGUGUGACAUUUAUAGACCUAAUUCUAAGUGCCUGCUCACUUGAAUCCUUACCCAACUAUUUGAUCAGCAAAUACAUCUCUUCACUUGCUGACAGCUCAAGGUUUUCAAAUGGGUUGAUGAAGGUCUCCCUCCAGGCUUGGUAGUGUUCAGGUAGGUCAUCAAACUUUGUCAGUCCUGAGGAAACCAGCUGGUUCUUAGCAAGAAGGCAAGAUCAGCUGUUUGCAGUGUCAUGAUUUGUGUUGGCUGAGUGUAAUGGCUUGUUGGGGACAGCACUGUGCUGAUGGUCAUAAUUUCUCUGCUUUAGCAAAUCUGUGUGAAGCUGCCGUGUGCCCCUUUGUUGGUACAUCAGUCUCCUAUUGAAGAACUGCGACUGGGCCUCACUCUGUGCAGUGCAGUCUUGAUGGGAUAUUGGAAGUAAGGGGUAGUGAACAUCCCUCUCCUCUCUAGGUGCCUGUGUAAAGUGAUGCAGGGCAUGGUGGGUGACAGUCAUCAGUUCUUUUUAGUGCGCUCUUUUGAAGGUGCAAGAACCCAAGUUCUUUAAUGUAGUUGGAGCUAUUCAUAUCUGCUGCUGCUGUCUCCAUCACUACAGCUUCUGCAUGGGCAGCUUCGGCUUCUCGCUGUAGAUUGAUGUGAUCAAUUCUGGCUUUCUCAAUUUUGAGUUCACUCUCUUUUUCUGUCAAGGCCAGCCUGGUUUUGGCUGCCUCGGCUUUCGCAUGGGCUCUUGCUGCUUCCAAGCUGACUCUACAGCUUGUUGAGGAGCGAUUGUGAAAGAGGGCUGAACCAGUUUCAAUACCAUCUUAUGAGCCUUUUACUUUGUCUUCAUCUGGAACCUCUACUGACUUGACUGUGGUUUCCAUGGCGCUGAAGUGCAGUGUAGCUUGCCUAUCUUAAAAUUCGACGGUAGGUAGUCCUCACUAAAAGUAUUUUUCAGCUAUACAGCCAGCUUAACAUUAUAUUCUCCAGCAUUGCAUUAUCCAAGGAACAGACAGGUUGUUGUGUUUGUGAUGCUCACUGUAUGAGCCCAUGGGGGAAAAGGAAGUUCCUGAACACUACUUCCUGUUAUUCUGAAUAUUUACUAUGAGCUCACUUCACUGAGAUAAGAUGCUCACUAAGAUACUCAGUGUGGAUCAGUCUAAUAUCAGCCUUAUGUCUGCAGUUUAGUGUCACUUUCACAUCAUAUUAAUCU